CUGGGCGAGGACCUCCUGCUCUGGGAGCUGAAUUUAGGAGCUGGGUCCUUGAUUGGGUGUCUGUCCGAGAGGGCAGCGGGCCGUGAUUGGAGGCUUGUCGACAGCGGGCGGAGCGCGCCCGUGACGAAUGCGGGCAGAGCCCUGAGAGAAGCCGGGUCUUUGAUGACUGAUUGGUGGAGACUUUGCGGGGUCCCCCGCGCUCCCCCCAUUCCUUGGUGCUCCUGCUCUGAUGGGGAAGUCUGGGCAUGAUUGUUCUCCGCUGGGUGUCCGGGAAGGGUCAGCGCCGAGGACGCUCUGAGACGGGCUCUCUCUAGCUUCCCCCCUCACCCACGCUCCGGGUCUCUUGGGUAAUGUAAAAGCCGCGACCAGGCCGAGCAGGGAUGCGGGGGGUGUUUCAGCCUCCGGUGACCUUCAGGGACGUGGCCGUGGACUUCUCACUGGAAGAGUGGAGACUCCUGAGCCCGGCCCAGAGGGCCCUGUACAGGGCCGUGAUGCUGGAGACCUUCGAGAACCUGGCGUCCCUGGAUUACCCGAGUUGGCACGCUAGGUGUGAAACUGAGGAAUCAGUUCUGACUGAGGGCGUUCAUCCAGAAACCUUGGCCCAAGACAGACCAGCAGUGGACAGUAACUGGUAUCCCAAAGUGGGAGACUCCGAGGAACGGGAAGUUAGCUUAGAGAGGCAGGAGGAGGGCCGCCAGGAGAGACAGUGCCAGCAAGUGACAGUCACUCCCCAAAGACCUUUUAAUAUGGGGAGGGUACCUGAACGUGGCACAUUUAUUAGACGUCUUAACCUGGGCCCGUUCCUUUUUACACAAUGGAGAGGCAACAUGGAAGAAAGAUUCCAUAAAACACUUGGAAAGAAAGUCUUUGACAAGAGAUUUCAUCUUAAUGGGUGUGAGAAAAUUCACUCUGGAGAAAACCCCUCUGAAUGUGAUAUCUGUUGGAAAACCUUCAGGAACAGGGAAACACUUGGUAAACACCAGAGAACUCACACUGGACUGAAAUUAUUUGAAUCUGAUGAAUGUGAAAAAGGCUUUCGUGAUGAGGGAACGCUUAUUGGACAUCAGAAAUCUUCUGGAGUGAAACCCUUUGAAUGCGGUGAAUGUGGGAAGGCCUUCAGUGGGAAGGCUUACCUGAUUAUCCACGAGAGAACUCAUACUGGAAUGAAACCCUUUGAAUGUGAUCAAUGUGGGAAAGCCUUCAUUCGGAAGGAAUACCUCCUUAGCCAUCAGAGAACUCACAGUGGAGUGAAACCCUUUGAAUGUAACGAAUGUGGCAAAGCCUAUAGUCAGAAGGGAAACCUUAUAAGCCAUCAGAGAAUUCACACUGGAGUGAGACCAUUCGAAUGUAACGAAUGCGGAAAAACCUUCAAUCAGAAGGGUUACCUUAUUAGCCAUCAGAGGACUCAUUCUGGCCUGAAACCCUUUAAAUGUAGUGAAUGUGGGAAAGCCUUCACUGCUAAGAGAACCCUUCUUAGCCAUCAGAGAACUCACGCCGGAGUGAAACCUUUUGGAUGUAAUGAGUGUGGCAAAGUCUUCAGUGAGAGGGGUACCCUUCUUAGCCAUCAGAGAACUCAUACUGGAGUGAAACCCUUUGAGUGUAAUGAAUGUGGGAAAGCCUUCCUUCGGAAGGGUCACCUCAAUAGCCAUCAGAGAACUCACACAGGAGUGAAGCCCUUUGGAUGCGAUGAAUGUGGGAAAGCCUUCAGUCAGAAGGGACACCUCAUCAGUCAUCAGAGAAUCCAUACUGGAAUGAAACCCUUUGGAUGUAAUGAAUGUGGGAAAGCUUUCAGGCAAUGGGGAACUCUUAGUAAUCACCAGCGAACUCAUACUGCGGUGAAAACUUUUCUAUGUAAUAAAUGUGGGAAAACUUUCAGUGAGAGGGGCGCUCUGACAAAACAUCAAAAAACCCAUAGCAGACUGAAUGAAGGAAUUGUGGGUGCAUAUUUGGCUAGAAAGAAAAACUUUCUAAUAUAAGAGAAUUCAUACUAGGGGAAAUUUUUCACAAGUAAAUGUGGACACAUAAUUAUUGAAAUAUAAUAAAGAAUAAGAUUUAAAGAAUC